AGUAGCCAAAAUUCUCCGCCAUCUGCUUCAAGUCCUCUGCCUCGCGCUCCUCUUGACAAGUCAAGCGUUGGUUAGUACCGCUGGACCUCCUGGUGUCUGUUCUAGCAGUCUGAAGAUGAGGGUUGUGACGGUUCCGAUCCUUGAAGACAAUUACGCCUACCUCGUCAUCGACGAGGCUACCAAGAAGGCUGCCUGCAUUGACCCCGCAGAGCCCAAGGUGGUCCUCGAGGCGGCGAAGAAGGAGAACGUGGAGCUGACGCACAUCCUGACCACUCACGCCCAUUGGGAUCAUGCUGGGGGCAACGAAGAGAUGAAGCGACUAGUCCCCAACCUCGAGGUCGUGGGCGGCAAGGGCGAUCGCGCUCAAGCUGUCAUGCGCGAGGUAGGAGACGGUGACACUGUGCUGGUGGGCUCUCUGGAAGUGAAGGUGCUCUACACCCCCUGCCACACUGCAGGCCACGUCUGCUACUACCUUGAGCCCAAGGACGGGCCGCGUUGUGUCUUCACAGGCGACACCAUGUUCGUUGCGGGCUGCGGAAACUUCAACGCAGGAACGCCACAGCAGAUGUUCCAUGCUCUUGUCGAGAAGAUCGGAUCCCUGCCGCCCGACACUCUGGUCUAUUGCGGGCAUGAGUACACAGAGAAGAAUCUCAUGUAUGCUCAGACUGCCGAGCCCAACAAUCAAGCCAUCAAGGACAAGCUGGCGUGGGUGAGACAGCAACGGGCCCAGGGCAACCCGACGGUGCCAUCAACAGUCUCUACCGAAUGGCAGAUCAACCCAUUCCUCCGAUGCAGGGAGCAGACUCUCCUCGAGUACACGGGCAAGAGUGACCCCGUUGAAUGCCUGGCGGUCAUCAGAGCCAGGAAGAGCGCAUGGAGGCCGUAA